CACUCCACACUUCCACCACCUCACAAGUUCUUCUGUUCUCUUUCAGUGACUCUCUAUUUCAAGUUUCACCAUUCCCUUUCUCUUUCAAGUUUCAUCACUCUCUUUCUCUCUCAAGAUCAUCACCCUUUUGUUUUACUCCAUUUUUGAGCUGCCCAUCAUCAGAAAACCGCUUUCUUUAUACGUCAAAAAUACCCCAAAAUGUCGUCAGAAUACUACACUAACUUCCUUCCUCAAACUGGGUACUCCUCAUCAGUGUUCACCUUUGAGCUUUUCCUCUUUGCCAGUCUCUUCGUUGCCAUCUUUGCUUUUGGGGUCUUCCCAGGAGGGCUUGCUUGGGCUCUUUCGAAAGCAAAAGCUCGGUCUAAGACAGCAAUUCCCGGACCUUCUGGCCUACCACUUCUGGGCCUAGUCUUUGCUUUCACUGGUUCUCUGACUCACAGAGUUCUCGCUAAGCUCUCUCAAAGCUUCAAGGCCGCACAGUUGAUGGCGUUCUCUAUUGGGCUCACUCGUUUUAUCAUUUCGACCAACCCCGAGACUGCCAAAGAAAUUUUGAGUAGCUCUGCUUUUGCUGAUAGGCCUGUGAAAGAGUCUGCAUAUGAGCUUCUGUUCCACCGAGCAACGGGUUUUGCUCCUUAUGGAGAUUACUGGAGGAACUUGAGAAGAAUUUCAGCCACUCAUCUGUUCAGUCCUAAAAGAAUUGCUUCCUUCGGACAGUUUAGGAGAAUGAUUGGGAUCGAAAUGGUUAAAGAAAUCAUGGGUUCCAUGGAGAAAAAUGGUGAGGUUGAGGUGAAAAGGGUUUUGCACUUCGGGUCUUUGAACAAUGUAAUGAUGAGUGUUUUUGGUAAAAGCUUUGACUUCAGUGAAAAUGGAGAUGGCUCUGAGCUAGAGGGUUUGGUGAGUGAAGGGUAUAAGUUGCUGGGGAUAUUCAACUGGAGUGACCAUUUUCCUGUCUUGGGAUGGCUGGAUUUGCAAGGAGUGAGAAAGAGGUGCAGAGAGUUGGUGGCUAGGGUGAAUGUUUUCGUGGAGAAGAUUAUAGCGGAGCAUAGGUUAAAGAGAACUGAGAAUGAAGGAGUUGUGGAUGAGAGCUCUGGUGAUUUUGUGGACGUCUUGCUUGAUUUGGAGAAAGAGAACAGGCUUAGUGACUCUGACAUGAUUGCAGUGCUAUGGGAAAUGAUCUUCAGGGGGACUGAUACAGUGGCAAUUCUCCUAGAGUGGAUUCUUGCAAGAAUGGUUUUACACGUAGAUAUUCAGGCGAAAGCUCAAUUAGAAAUCGACACUGUUGUUGGACCAACAAGAUCUGUAUCAGAUUCUGACCUGGCUAACCUUCCUUACCUCCAGGCCAUAGUGAAGGAAACUCUUAGAAUGCACCCACCUGGCCCACUUCUUUCCUGGGCCCGCCUAGCCAUCCACGACACUCACGUCGGUGACCACUUUGUCCCUGCCGGCACCACUGCUAUGGUGAACAUGUGGGCCAUAACUCACGACGAAAAGGUCUGGACGGAGCCAAAUGAGUUUAGGCCAGAGAGGUUCAUGGAAGAGGAUGUUGCGAUUAUGGGUUUCGACCUUAGGUUGGCACCAUUUGGUGCUGGGAGGAGGGUUUGUCCUGGGAAGGCUAUGGGGCUAGCAACUGUUCAGCUCUGGUUAGCCCAGCUGCUUCAGAACUUCAAAUGGGUUGCUUCUAAGAAUGGUGUGGACUUGUCUGAAUGCUUGAAGCUCUCCUUGGAGAUGAAACGCCCCUUGGUUUGCAAAACUAUUCCUAGGGUUUGUUGAAAGUUUGGUAUGCUGGUUUGAUCUCUUCCAUGAUUUUGAAACAUGUUAUUUAAUGAGGAGAUCAUAUAUAUGCUAUGAAUAAUGUUACAUGGACUUAAACACUAUACUUAAAAAUUAGACUU